AUGUCCAAGACAACAUUUGCUAUCAUUGCUGCGGCGAGCGCAGGAGCCGGUGCCGCCAUUACUGCAAGCAUGUACAGCCUACGUCCCGAGCGCAAGCUCGAAACCAACACGAUAUCUACAACUACAACCACUAUAUCUACAGGCGCCUCCGCGCCCAUUCCCAUCCCCGGGAAGCAGGCCUUUGCGCAGCCAGGCCAGCCCGGCGGUCUCUCAACGUCUGCACCCGCCACGCUGCUGGGAGGUGCCCCCGUCGACCCCUCGGGCGUCUUCGAAUAUGGCUUCCCGGGCCCCGUAUCCGACAUCGCGACGCGCGCCGCACUCGUCUCCUCCUUUGACCGGCGGACGCGCAACCCGCACUGGGUGGUCGAGCACAUUACGCCGGCAUCGCUGGCACAACGCGACGGCGACCGCAAGCACAGCGCCUUUGUCGAGGAUGAGGGCGUGCCCGACAAGUUCCGCGCCAAGCUGAAGGACUACUUUCGCUCGGGCUACGACCGUGGCCACCAGGUGCCCGCCGCCGACUGCAAGUGGUCCCAGGCCGCCAUGGACGACACCUUUUACCUGACCAACAUGUGCCCCCAAGUCGGCGAGGGCUUCAACCGCGACUACUGGGCGCACUUUGAGGACUUCUGCCGUCGCCUUACGGUCCGAUACCCCAGCGUCCGUAUCGUCACGGGCCCGCUAUACCUGCCCAAGAAAGACCCCGUUGACAACAAGUGGUAUGUCCGGUACGAGAUGAUUGGCAACCCGCCCAACGUGGCCGUGCCCACACACUUUUACAAGGUCAUCUUUGCCGAAGCCGCCCCAGGCACCGCCGCGGGCCCCGUCGCCAUUGGCGCCUUUGUCUUGCCCAACGCGCCCAUCCCCAACGAGAAGCCCAUUACCGACUUUGAGGUACCCGUCGAGGCCGUCGAGCGCGCCAGUGGUCUCGAGUUUGCCUCCAAGCUUCCCGUCGCCAGGAGGAAGCGAUUGUGUGCCGACACUACUUGCGCUCUCGUCAUCAAAGAUUAUGCCGAGAGACAAAAGGCAUUUAACAAGUCGACCGCUGCGCCGUUGCCCGCCCCCAAGCGGUGA